GUAACCUGAGCAUCCAUGAAGAGCUGGAGCAACUUGUGGCCAAUUUUCUCGGAGUAGAGUCCUCCAUGACGUUUGGGAUGGGUUUCGCCACCAACUCGAUGAACAUUCCAGCACUUGUUGGCAAGGGUUGUUUGAUACUGAGUGAUGAGCUCAAUCACACAUCUCUCAUCUUAGGGGCCAGACUGUCAGGAGCGACCAUCCGCGUGUUCAAGCACAACAACAUGCACAGUCUGGAGAAGAUGCUGAGAGAGGCAGUGUGCUCUGGGCAGCCGCGAACCCACAGGCCCUGGAAGAAGAUCCUCAUCAUGGUGGAAGGCAUCUAUAGCAUGGAGGGCUCAGUGGUGCGACUUCCUGAGAUCAUCGCUCUGAAGAACAAGUACAAAGCAUAUCUGUACCUAGACGAGGCCCACAGUAUCGGAGCAGUGGGACCAUCGGGGAGGGGCGUGACCGAGCUGUUUAAUGUGAACCCAACUGACGUGGACGUGAUGAUGGGCACCUUCACCAAGAGCUUUGGGGCUGCUGGAGGCUAUAUCGCAGGGAAAAAGGAGCUGGUGGACUACCUGCGCAGUCACUCUCACAGUGCAGUAUACGCCUCGGCCAUGUCCCCUCCUGUCACUGAGCAGAUCAUACGCGCCAUGAAGUGCAUCAUGGGAAAAGACGGGAGCACAGAGG